CACACACACAUAUAAAGAGAGAGAGAGAGAGAGAGUAGUCAUAUCUUAUCCUUGGGAGAUGCAUUCCAAGACCUCCAGUGGAUGCCUGAAACCAUGGGUAGCACUGAACCUUAUAUACAUUGUGCUUUUCUAUACAUGCAUAUCUAUGAUAAAUUUUAAUUUAUAGGGGUGGUGGCGCCUGAGGUCACCAUGGCUACCAAGCGUGAAACCGCAGAGCCAGUGAUACCUUUGCUUGUGGAUCGAUACUUCAUUCGCUGGUACAAAUCAGAUGUCAAAGGAAAAUCUUGUGAGGACCACUGUAUACCACAGCACUCUAACCGAAUAUGUGUCACCACAUUGGCAGAAUCUCAUCCAGUUCUUCAAAGUGGAAAAACAAUUAAAAGCAUUCCCUGUCAGAUCAGUACCAACUGUAGCAGACUUCAGAACAAGGUCUCUGGGAAAUUUAAGCGGGGGGCACAGUUUCUAACAGAACUUGCACCUCUCUGUAAGAUCUACUGUUCAGAUGGCGAAGCAUAUACUGUAUCUAGUUGUGUUAGAGGAUGUUCGAUGGAAGUGAAUGAAAACAUUCUCCAUAAGCCAUCUAUUCUUCAAGAAAAGCCAUCCACUGAAGGCUACAUUGCAGUUGAGUUACCCGAAUUUGAAGAAAGUAAAAACAUAACAGAAGGGUUACUGACACAAAAACAGUAUGAAGAAGUCAUGGUGAAAAUGCAUUAAUGCCAUGCAUCAACGUCACGAGGACUGACAUGGAGCAAAAAGCAAAGCGGGAUUCUUGUUACCUGGCCUAAACCAUCAGUGCAUGAAAGGAGAACCAGUAUAUGUGAAGCAUACUUCACAGCCAUACGCCGGGGAGGCCUAGUGCUUCACUGAACUUCGUUUUCCCUCUCUGGCCUUCGUAAUGAGCCCUGGUUCCCAUUUGUCUUCAGCCUGCCAGGUCUGGCCUGCCCUUGUACUCACCCUGUUCUCUUUCAUCUCUCUAACAACUGGCGUGCAAGGAAUGUUUUUCUGAUUAAAAAACAAGCAAACAAAGCUCUCUGAAGAAAAUUUAGAAAAUAUAGGAAGUUUUAAGUAGCCAAGUAAAAAUAAUUUACUCAUUAUCUCAUAAUCCAGCAGUAAGUACAUUUGACCCUUGAACAACAUAGGUUUGAACUGUGAGAGGGAACCACAAACGAAUCAAAAAUGUAUCAUUAACCAAACACAAAACCCACUUAUAGAGCAGGCUGACUUUUCAUAUACUCAGUUUCCAGAGGACCAACUGCAGGACUUGAGUUAUGUGUGGAUUUGGGUAUAUGUGGAAGGUCCUGGAACAAAUCGCCCAUGUAAACCAAGGGAUAACUGUACUACAUUUUAACUACUUCUGUUUGAACAUUAUAGUAUGGUUAUUGCUUUUGCCUCAUUGUCCUAUUUGAAGUUUGAAAAAACCUAACCCACCUUUCUUACCCAAUCUGCUAUAUAAUGUGACUACCAAAAAGUCUAGUCCCAGCCCAUCUGCCUCAACACCUCUCCCUUUUAGGUUGUAGGGAAGAGACCAGAGUGCAGACUAUAUCUUCUGCCCUCCUUAUGCCAACAAGAUGGCCUUCCCCUCUGAAACAAAGUAAAACUGCAACACUGUGACUGCUGAAAUGAGGGACAUGGGAAAAGGCUCUGAAAAAUACAACAGCUUUCCUAGGAAAUGUAUUAUAAUGUAGUGGGAAGCUAAUUCUUGAAAUAUGCAUAUUGUAGUCACUCAGUCUCACAUACUCUAGUUACCAGCAAAUAAGUUACUGAGAAUAUGUCAUGCAAAGGCAUG